AUGAAUUAAUAGUAUUUAAGGAACAAAUUUAAGAUCAGAAAGUCUGUUGAUACUCCUCUUAUUCCAAAGAUAAUGUCAAUGAAAAACGAGCAAUCAUCAUUAAACGAAACCAAUCGAAAACGCUACAUUAAAGCAUUUAGUCCUCAACGUUAUCAUUUGCCGCAGAUUGUUCACCAUUAGUUGGAUACCAUUACACCAUUACGACAAAGAGGGAAAUCUGAAAGCAUUAGAGAACAUUCUUAGGGAUUCUUGGGGCCAAUUGAUUUCGCUCGGUUGCUACAAACUGAUCAACAAUUGGGAUAGGAAUUUUGUUAUUUAAAUAAUUAGGGUAAUCCAUACGAGUGGAAAGUGGUCAAUUAUGAGAAUAAAAGGUUGGAAUAAUAUAUGACGAUAAGCGGAGGAGGGAUUAUAAUUCAUCAUAGUAAUUUUGAGGAGUUUGUGUCUAUCUAAUAAUUUGAAAAAGAUCGAAAAUUAUUUUAUAGAUUACAAAAAAUUGAGUUCUUCAGAAAUUAUCUUAAAUAAAAGACAUUUGCUAGGUGGAAGAAGUUAAGCAUCAAGAAUAAAGCUUAAUCAAUUUCUAAGGAUCUGACUGCAUGUUUCUUGUUAUUGGAUCCCUCUCUCAAGUGCCCAAUUGAGGAAAUUCAUAAACACACUCAGAACAUCAAGAGUUUAGUAUUUUUUAUCCCUAGUGAAAUGAGUCCUGUAAACAAAAUUAAAUUCAUCCAAAAAUUGUAAAGAUGUUUGACUGACUUCCAAAAUGAAUUAACUUAGAACAUUAAAUUAAUACUUAACAUAGUAGUUGAUGCAUGCCAAAAAUCCUUUAAUCUUUUUAGAGAGGAUCAAAAAUACAAGGAGAAUAUGGAAUUGAUACGCAAUUCUUAAAUGGAAUAAAAGACUCUGAUAAUUGGUGACAAUUCUACUCAAUAAAUGCCAUUCACAAUCGAAUCAAAUCUAAGAUAAUUUCAGUAGAAACUAAUCAAAUUUACAAGAAUGGUCGAUUACAUUCAAUUUGAGAGUAUGAUCGCAUUGAUGUACAAUUCCAUAGUUAAUUUCUUGAAGGUAAUGAAGAAGGCCAAUAAGCAUCUUAAAGUUGGGUAAUUGUUACUCCUAUUCAAUAGAACAACCUAGUUCAGUUGGAUUGUUGUGGAUAUUCAUUUGAAGGAGGGUACCAUGGUGUUUGAACCUUCGCUCUAAGGCAUGUAGGACAUCUUUGUUGAGACAGUUGAAUAGGCGAUCGAUAUCAUUGAAUAGAGCAUUUAAUCAACCCGUAAACUGUAGGAACUAUAGAACUAUGGAGUUGGUUCAAGCACAACAGAUCUGAGAUAAGAUUUGAGAGAGUAUGGAAGACACAAUUUAAAGUCAUAUGAUUAUGUAAGGGAACUUGGGUAAGAGCUACAAUUUAGUUACAAAUAAAUUGAGCAUUACAUGGCAAAUAUAUAGAAUUUAUUGGAUAAAUUCGCAAAGAGUGAAGAUCAGUUGUUGAAUGCAGAUGUGCUGAAGCUUCAAUUCUAAUUGAUCUCAGAAAUGCAAUCUGAAGUAGAGGCUAUAGAAACCAUUGUGGAUAUUGGGUUUUUGAGAUUGAACAUCAAGCUCUUUAAAUUGUAGAUGCAGGCCUAUUUCAAGAAUAGGAUUUAGGUGAUCAAUGAGAAGGUGGAUUUGGAACUUAGUGUGAGAUGCAAAAUAAUUUAUGAAACAAUUCAAGAUUGGUUGGAGAAGUUGAAAUUGAAACCAAUGACUUUGAAACAAUAUGUCACUUAUUAAGAGAAUUAUUAGUUGAUUAAAUCUAAUUAUGAAGUCAUUGAUCAAUAAAUAGAGGAAUUACAUACUUAUAACAAAAUUUAUAUUAAUGAGUAAUAAACGAUCCCUAUUAAAGAAGUUUGGGAUAAGAUUGUUAGUUAAUAUUAAUAAUUUUAACAUAAGUUUAAUGAUUUAUAAAGUCAUUAUGGAUUGGAGUAACAUAAGUUCGAGAAGGAGUUCAGAAAGCUGACUCCGUUUUUUCAUCAAAGGGUGUUAUAAUUUUGCGAGAAAUUUGAGAACAGCAAAGACAUCAAUGAUAUAAACUCGAUUUCAUAAUUGUAAGUCGAAUUGAUUGCUUUGGAAUUGGAAUAUGAGGAUUUGAGAGAGUAUUCUGACUCUUUACAAAUAGGAUAAUAUUAAAAUGAAUAGUUACAUGAGAUAAAAAGCAAAUAUGUCUAAUUUAAGUAAUUGCAACUAGAAAUACGUAAGAUCAACAAUUUGCAGUAGGAGUGGAUGAGAGAACAUUUUUUGGAUCUGAAUCUGUCUCUCAUUAAGACAACUUAUUAGAAUUUGUUACAUUAGAUUGAAGAUUGUAAGAUAUUUGGACAGGGCUAAUUAGUGCAGAUAAAGAAAUAAUUGAUGGAUGAAUUAAAACUAUUUAAUGUGAUAGAAAUCAUUUUGUAGAUCAAAGAUUAUGAUUAGAAUAUCGUAACUUAAGUGUGCAAGAAGGAUAAAUUGUAGGAUAAAAACUUAUUAUAAUUACUAUUGUAAAUUUGUAAUAAUCCCUCACACCCAUAAUUCACUACUCUAUUUUUGUAGCAGUUAGACAUUGCUGAUCAAUAAGUUAAUUUGUAGUAACUAUUAAUUAUUAUUUAAUAUGAAAAUCAAACAAUGAACUCAUUGAUUAAAUUAGAAGAGUUUUGGAAGAAUCAUAAAUUGAUCAUUCAAAAGGUCAGAGGAACAAAGGAUCAGUAUACCAUAACUAAUUUAAGUUAAUUGAAUGAUCUAUUGGAUGAGAACAUUUUAAACAUCAAUACUAUUCUGGGUCAACCUAAUAUUGAUGAUCUGAGAAAUAGAAUCGAUUUACAACUUAAGUACAUAUAUUACCUACAGGAAUACAUCAAUUAGUUGAUUCUCUUACAAGAUACUCUAUAGUAUUUAACUAAUGUGUUGUAGAUCCAAAUCAAUCAAAAGAAUUAGAGUAAGGAAAUGAAGAUGUAUGCUCUCUAAGAAAAGCAGUGGAAAUAAUUGAUACGAUUUAUUUAAUAGCAAAAGAGUUUGGAGAUAUGGAUUAAAGAUGAGAACGAGAAGAAGUUCUUAAAAGAGAUUCAAUAAGAUAAUUACAAUUGUAAAACUAUCAUUCAAUCAUUGAAUGAUUAAUUUGAUAAGAAGAAACAUGUAUUCCCAAGAUUCAAUUUUCUCACAAAUUCUAAAUUUACCAAAAUUGUCUCUGAAGUCAAACAUCCUACUGCUAUAUAGCAAUACCUUAGCCUAUUUUUUCAAAAUAUCCAUCAAUUUGAUUAUGACGAAAAUAAGGAUUGUAUCAAAUCUUUGUAUUCUAAGGAAAAUGAUUAAAUCGCUGUUAAGUAUUGUCCAAUCAAAGGAGAGAUCGAGGAAUGGCUCAAAACUAUUGAGGAAGGCAUGACCUAAGGAUUGAGACAGCUUGUAAAGAAUGCUCUAAAGCAGGCUGAAAACUAUAAGCAUAUUGUGCAAUAUCCCAUUUAGAUUAUUUAUAUCUGUAUGACGAUUACAUAUACGAUGAUGUUGGAUGAUAUACUUUAAAAUGAUGAUAAGGAUUGGGAUGAGUUUUUGGAAUUUAAGCAAUAUGAAAUCCAAGAGCAAAUCAAACAAUUGCAUACAGUGAAAUAGUCAGUUAAACAACAAUUAAGGUAGAUUGCAAUCAUUACGAUAUUGAAUAAUCAACAACAUCUAAUAUAGGAGAUUAAUUUAUUUAAAAUCAAUAGUGAUAAAGAUUACUUCUACGUAAAAUAACUUAAAUAUUAUUAUGAUGAUGAAAAUAUAAAUGUUAAUUUUUUGAAUAAUAAAAUCCAUUAUUAAUUUGAGUUUUUUGGUGAUCAAUUUAAUUAUCAUUCAUGGAAAUAAUCUGAAUAAUCAAUUUUGCUUAUGAAUCAGGCAUUCGAAAUUAAUAGAUUACCUCAUUUAAUUGGCGACAAUAGCAAGUAUUAUAUUAUUACUCAAUUUUCACAAAUGUUGGGUCGCUAUUAUAUGCAAAUGUAAAUUGCAAGUCCAGAUUAUGAUUUCUAGUAUUUAUUGUAAUGCAUAUUCGGAUCUAUACAAUCGAAUUCAUUUUUCUUUAUCUCAGGAUACUAAUAUAUAUAAUAACAUGAUAGAUUAAUCUUGUAAACAAUAUUCAAUCAUAUCUCCAGUGCCUUAAGGUAAUCACUAUCAAUUUAGGAUUUGGAUGGGAGACAAUUGAAAUUAUAGAAUAAGUAUUUUCUAGCUCUAGUAUCAGAUGUUCAUUUUCCCAUCUUAUCGUUUAAGAGUAUACAUGUCUAUUAACCAGAUACUAUGAUCUUAUGGCAAGCACUUAUUCAAAUGGUAUACAAUAAAGAAAUAGGUGAGAUAUUGUUGAAAUUAAUGUAAACGUUAACUAAUGUCUUUGGAACUGAAUUGUUUAACUUUUCUAGGUUCAAUACAUUCAAUCAAGUAGCUAAAAAAUUGAAACCCAUUAAAUUUAAUGAUCUACUGGAAGUAUUGUAAUAUCAGAUGAAUGAAGAGGAUAGGCUCUUAUUCAAUUAAAUAGUGAAUGAAUACUUUCCAAAUAGGGAUGAGAAAUCGAUAUCACAUGGAACAAUUGAAUUCAUUAAUAAAUGA